AUGGGAAGAAAAAUCUUGUUUAGUUUUUCACUCAUUUUUUUAUGUAUGGGAUUUUCUGUAACUUUUGACCAGAUACUUGCCAGGAAGAAUGUAAGGCACUGUGCCAGGUUCUGGGUCUACAGUGGUGGUAAACUUGAUAAACUAUUCAGCAUCUUUUUGUUUUUUUCUAGUUUCAUCUCUCAGACAUCUUCAAAUAAAGAAGUGGUUGUAAACGAUCAGCAGAGUAAUGGAGAUAUGAAACAAACCCAGAAUUGUACAACAGUACCAAUCACACAGACUCUCAAGUACACUCUGAGCAGACAAGGACAUUUGGAAAAAGAAGCUUGGAAUGCAUUCAGCCAUCAUAGCCCAGUUAAUGUCUCUAUGGAUGGAAUUCCUUGCAUUCUUUUCUGGGCCAAAAGAAUAACAAUAAAAUUUAAGAAUCAGACCUGGCUGGAUUUUACAGAUGAAGCUUUUGGCCAGAAGGCAGCAGUGGACACUAGCAACUCAAAUUGCAGUGAAGAAAGUGCCACUUUAUCUAUGAAGUUUGGUGAUGCUGUAAGUCCCAAAGGUCUUGAUAUAAGAUUCACCCUUACCAAUUACAAAAAGUUGUACAUCCAGAGCUGGUUUAGUUUGCACAGAGUUGAGAUUAUUUUCAAUAAUUCGAUCCAAGCAACUUUUAAUGCCACUGGCAUAUAUGCUCCAUCGAGUUAUUCCUACCACUGCCAGCAUGUCAGCAGCCUGCAGCGUUAUGAUGCCCUCUUGUUGCCCAGCUACGUGGAUGAUACUUCAAGCCUGUGGGAGGUCACUUUUGUUGAUUUCCAGAUCCAAGGCUUUACCAUCAAGGGGAAGCAGUUUGCCAAGGCCCGAGAUUGUGCCUCUUCCUUCUCACCAGCAAUUCUGAUUGGCCUGGCCAUGUCCCUGAUCCUGCUGCUGGUGCUAGCCUACGCUCUGCACAUGCUCAUCUACCUUCGAUAUCUGGAGCGGCACUAUGAUUUCAUCACCUCUCCAGCCCACUUCCCCCACUUGAAACCUCGAGAUGCCGCAGAAGAGAAGGAGCUGCUGAGGAGCCAGGGGGUCGAGUGCUAUGAACUGAGAAGCCAGCAGAUCUGCAAAAUUUAUGUGUAA